AUGGGUAUGAUAGCUCUCACUGGCGCGGCCUUAGCCAGAGCCCGUUACUUCCCAGAAAUUGAUACCAGCAAUACUACUGGGGCCGUCAAGGCUGAAAAUGCCAGAGCUCAGGGGACAGUUGUCGCCAUAUACACCAUCGGAUGCCUCAUCGGUGCUCUUGGUAUCACACAGAUUGGGAACAGAUUUGGACGUCGUAAAUCUUUGAUCGUUGCAGCUGUCAUCGCAGCUAUCGGUCAGAUACUCCAGAGCUCUUCAUUCAGCAUCGGUCAACUCGUUGUGGGUCGGAUCAUCUCCGGCAUUGGAAAUGGCGGAGUCAAUGCUGUCGUACCUGUUUGGCAAAGUGAGUGUACGGCAUCUAAGAAUCGUGGCAAGAAUGUUGUUAUAAUCGGUGUUUUCAUUUCUUCUGGAGUCGCUGCUGCUGGUUGGGUCAAUGUUGGUUUCUCGUUCAUGUCCAGCAACGAGAUCGCAUGGCGAUUUCCUCUCGCGUUACCCAUUCUCUUCACUCUAAUGAUUAUGGGCUUCACUUCUCUUUUCCCGGAAUCUCCCCGUUGGCUGAUCAGCAAAGGCCGCCUGGAGGAAGCUCAUGUUGCGAUGCAGAAGCUAUCUCGAGAAGCAAUCAUUGACGAUGCACAAAUUCGUAUGGAAAUCGAUAACAUCGCUAGCCUUUUCCAACAAAGCUCACAGUCCGAGCGUGGCUUUCUUGAUCUCGUCAGGCCUGGAGACCAAAGGCUUUUCUAUCGCAUGUGUCUUGCUGUUGACAUCAACUUCGGUGCUCAGAUGACUGGUGCAAAUGUCAUUUCUUAUUAUGGCUCCACAAUUUUCGAAGACUCUUUAGGUCUUGCGUCGAAGAAAGCUGCCUUGCUCGAUGCAGGUGCCUUGACCUGGAAGAUAUUUGCUGCCAUUUCAGUCUACCUCUCGGUGGAUCGUUUUGGUCGCAAACCCCUAUUUAUCAUUGCCUGCCUUGGGAUGGGGUUUUCAAUGGCUUCUCUGAGUGGCUCGAUCGGAACUGCUACCCAUUGGUUGUUCAACUUUGUUAUUGCUGAAAUUACUCCUGUCGCGUUUGUCACGAUCAAGUGGCGGUACUGUAUUGUUUACGCCGUUAUCAGCGUGAGUGCAGCGGCUAUGGUGUACAUUUUCUUCCCUGAAACCAACUGUCGAUCACUGGAGGAAAUGGAUGAGUUGUUCUCGGAUCCAGACCACUGGUGGCAGGUGCCCAGCUAUGCUCGAGCAUUGAGAACAGAACGACCUGACCCGUCGCCCACCAAGACGUCUAUCUCACAUAUUGAGAAGGUUUAA